AUGUCGCACUACGAUCCUCUCGGUACCGUUAAUGAGGUCUUCCGCCUUCUCGCUCCCGAUGCCAGAGUUGUUUGGGAAAGAGACGACAAAGGCGAGAUCAACCACGUCAAGUACAACACAAUCGAAGCCGCUUCAAAGGCCCGCGAUGCCGUCAUGGAAGAAACCAACAAGAAUGAUGCGACCGCUCUCAAUAAGAUUGAAGAAGAUCACCUUGCCGAAGAGCUCAUCGAAGAAAAGCCUAGCCGCGACGCUCUUGCCGACUAUUACGCUGCUGUGAGCGAUGCCAUCCGCAACAACACCCCUAUGCCUGAACCGUACAGUGUUUCGGAUGAUUCCGACUCCGCUUCCGAGACUGGUGAUGUUCAGGAGAACAAGGAGAAGCAGUCAGUCCACGAUACCCCUGGCUCGACUUCCAAGGAGAAGAAGAAGGUCAUGAUCUGUGAGGAGGAUCACAGAAUGCCGGCUACAACUCAUCAGGAGUAUGUGGAGGCCAGAGAGAAGGGGGGCAGGGAGAAGGCCGGCAAGGAGAAGGUCGGCAAGGAGAAGGCGGACAAGGAGAAGGCGGACAAGGAGAAGUCGACUCUUCCCUCCACCGCCGCAGACAAGAAAGGCAAGAAGCGCAAGUCUAACGGUAACGAAGAUGCUGCCACCGAUGCGAAGAAGCCCAAGCAGCGCCAGUCUAACGGUGAAGAGCAUGUAGCCAACGGUCACACCGCCGACAAUUCUGGCAUCAACAGUGGUCCUAGUUCCGAGGAACGUUCCAGCAAGAAGCGUGUCGCCGAGGAGAUGGAGGAUGGAGAUGUUGAGGAGAACAAGUCUGUUAGAAGCAUCAAGAAGAUGAAGAAGAAGGGAAAGAGUGCACAGAAGUAG